CGGGGCCGGGGCUGAGCUGCAAGAUCCCGGGGCCGGCAAUAUGAGUCACUCCCCGGUGCAGAUCGGCCUGCAUGGGGUGCAGAAUCUGAAAGCAGACCCUGACGAACUAUUCAGAAAGUUGGAAAAGAUUGGCAAAGGUUCUUUUGGAGAAGUUUUCAAAGGGAUUGACCAUAGGACUCAGAAAGUUAUAGCUAUAAAAAUCAUAGACCUGGAAGAAGCAGAGGAUGAAAUAGAAGAUAUUCAGCAAGAGAUUACAGUGCUGAGCCAGUGCGAUAGUCCCUACGUCACAAAGUAUUAUGGGUCGUACCUUAAGGACACCAAAUUAUGGAUUAUAAUGGAAUACCUCGGAGGAGGAUCUGCUUUGGAUCUGCUGGAGCCUGGUCACCUAGAUGAAACACAGAUUGCCACAAUAUUAAGGGAAAUACUAAAAGGACUUGAUUAUUUGCAUUCAGAAAAGAAGAUCCACAGAGACAUUAAAGCUGCCAACGUGUUACUGUCUGAAAAUGGCGAUGUUAAGCUGGCUGACUUUGGUGUCGCUGGGCAGCUUACAGAUACACAGAUUAAGAGAAAUACUUUUGUGGGCACCCCUUUUUGGAUGGCACCAGAGGUGAUAAAGCAAUCGGCGUACGACUUUAAGGCUGAUAUUUGGUCACUGGGCAUUACAGCUAUUGAACUGGCUAAAGGAGAACCACCUCUUUCUGAAAUGCAUCCGAUGAAAGUGUUGUUCCACAUUCCCAAAAACAACCCUCCCACAUUAGAAGGAAACUACAGUAAACUCCUGAAAGAAUUUGUGGAGGCCUGUCUGAAUAAAGAGCCAAGCUUUAGACCAACGGCAAAAGAACUUCUGAAACACAAAUAUAUUUUGCGGAAUGCCAAGAAAACAUCAUACUUAACAGACCUGAUUGAUCGGUAUAAACGAUGGAAGCUGGAGCAGGGUAAUGAAAGUUCUGACUCUGACUCCGAUGGGAACAGUGAUGAGGAGCAGUCAAGCGAACCUGAUAGUGUUAAGAAGUGGAUAUUUACAAUACAAGAAACUGAUCUGAAGAAAAUGAAGGAUGAAGCCAUGCGACUUGAAAACCCGGAUACACAUGAAGUGAAAGAUAUUCAGAAAAGGCCGCAAUCACAGUGCUUGUCUACAAUUAUGACACCUUUAUUUGAUGAGUUAAAAGAGAGGAGUCAAGCAUCCGGUGGCAAUGUAGGGUCCAUAGAGGAACUAUAUGGAGCAAUUUACUUAGCAGAAGAGGCCUGUCCAGGCAUCUCUGACUCAAUGGUGGCAGAGCUUCUCAUGCGACUUCAGAGAUACUCCAUUAAUGGAGCAGACUCAUCACCACAUUGAAGACUUCAUUCUUCCAGCCGGACCGUACCUUCUUUCUCUGCAUCAAGCUUUCUGCUCUUCAUGUGAAGUCAAAGGAAAAAGGACAUAGCUUUAAUUCUAUCCGGUGACUCGAGGCAGAACACCUCUUAUGAAAAGUUCUAGUUUUAUGAUUUAAUUUUGUAUUCAAAUGCAGACACCAACACAAGUCAAGCAGUACUGUGAUGAGGCAGAAGAAGAUAUUGUGAAUCCUCAGGUAUCUUGCUCUAAGCAGUCAGCUCUUCUGGGAAGGAAAAUAAAAGCUGCACUGGAUCGUGUGUACAGAAUUGUAUAUAGCAUCAUUUUUACUGAAUAUCUUUCAGCAUGCCCAAGGCGUACCCUGUGUGCAAGCAGGAGAAUGCAUCUGUACAUAAUGUUAUUGAAGUAUUUAAAAGGCCAGACUGAAGUUUUACCCUUUUUAUUCAUGUAAAUUUGAAAUUGCUUGGAGGGUACAUUUAUUUUCUACUUCCAAUCUUUUACUUUCACAGAGAAAUGAUACGCGGAGCUAAAUUGACAUAUUUUACAAUGUAAAAUUGAUUAUUGGUAUUUAGAAUCGUUUUACGUAACUUUGUAUCUAUAUUAGAAAAAGCUGUGAAGCUGGGUACUGUUUAGCUGAAUUGCCAGAUUUUUUUUAUUCCAUCUAUGACU